AAACAUGGGUUAAGGUAAUAGGUUUUGAUGUCAACACACAACAAAAAAAGAAAAGAAAAGAAAAGAAAAUGGGAAACAAGAAAAACAACAACAUGGACGGCGGCGCGUUCCCGUUACCGUUACCGUUACCGCUGCCGCCGCUCCUCCGUGACCUUCUAGCUUCUCUUCUCAACAACAACUCCUUCAUCUAUUUCGUUAGGAAAUACAAACUCCUCCAAACGCUGCGUUUCAUUCUCCUCAACUCCUUCAUCUUCCUCCUCCGCUUCCUUCCCUCGUUCCUCUUCCUCGACAAAUACGACGCCGUCAAGGUCAAGCAGCACCACCAGCAGCUCUACAAGUACACGUCAGCAGCACCACCCUACGCUCCACGCAACGACACCGCAAUCGGGCGCGCGCUGUCGCAGCUUCUCUCGGCGCUGAACGACAUCCCCGUCAGUUCAAGGAAGUAUCAGGUGGUUCGCUCUCUGGCGGAGAGCAUCAUCGAUGAUAAUCACCAGGGUGGGGUCCACGCGCUGCGUGAGGUGAACCGUGGGGUCAUGUCGGCGGCGUUUGUGAGGACGAUGAAGCAGCUGGAAGCGACGGUAGGGGAGGGGGAAGGGGAGGACGGAGAGUGCUACGGGGUGAGGUUGAGGCGUGUGGUGAAGGCUGUUGGUGGUUGGAGGGUGAGGGUAAUUGGAGGUGGAGGAGGAGAGGGGAAUUUGUCUGGUGUUCCGGCGGAGAAGCUGGCGGCGGAGCUGUUGUGGCUGGCUCAGAAGAUGGCGGCUUGUGGAUGCGCCGAUGAAGCUAUUCAGCGGUGGUCGACGGCGUCCAAUUUGGGAUUCCUCGCUCUUUCCGCCGACCCGCGUUUGCAGACUACCCUGGUCAAACUUGCAGCAUUCUUGUUGAAGGAAGCUAAAGAAAUGGGGCUAGAUGAAAUUGAGGAAAGCAAGAUGAAGCAAUGCAUGCAAGUGAAGUUGAAGAUGUUACUGUCAUGGCUGCCACUGUUGUGCAGUGCCAGUAAUGGCACAGAUACUCCAGCUUUAAGCAUCAGCGAGAGGGGUGAGUUGGAGAGGGUGUUGGAAGGCAUUAUAGAGAGGUUGGAACAAGAGGAGCAGGAACAGGUUCUUUCUCUUUGGCUCCACCAUUUUACUCACUGCUCAUCUUCUGACUGGCCAAACCUCCAUGCAUGCUUUGCUCGUUGGUGCACUAAAUCUCGCAAGCAGUUGCUGCUUUCCUAUGAAAAUUGAGAUUUUAGAGAUUGAACAGGGCUAUAUUUUGCAAUUCACCAAUUAUCUAGCAGCUUGUAGUUUUUAGAGUCUCCAUCUCUAUGUCACUCAAUGUCUUGCAUACAACUUAGGUCAUAAAUAAAUAAAAUUGAAGUAUUGUUAUCAA